CCUAUAACCCAUGUUUAUCCUCAUCUGUACAGUUUGGUUUAACUUAAUGAAGGGCUGGCUGUUUUUCUUUUUGGAAAAAAAAGAAUCAAGAUAGAUGGUUUUAGAUUUUUAUUAUUCCGAACUCGCAACAAUUCACCUUAUUAGAGUCUAGAGCCUAGACUGAUCCAUCGUGAACGUGCCUCUUAACUCCAAAGUCCAAACAGAUGGGAAAAACAAGCACCGCGAACCUGUUACUCCCCUUCCUAUUCGUCUUGUUCUCAUCGUCUCCACCUUUAAUCACAACUGAAGCAUCAAAGCUUGGCUCCUUCAGAUUUGCUCCUCGUUUCUUCGGGAGAUUUGCAGCAAAUGCAGACCUUAACAACUUACAAACACACAAGUCGCUCAAAAUCCAAUAUGAAACCCGAUAUUUCACACAAGUCCUCGAUCACUUCAGCUUCUCCAACCUUCCAACAUUUCAGCAGAGGUACCUCAUCAACACUGACCACUGGCUCGGCCCCAAUAGUAUGGCCCCCAUUUUCCUCUAUUGCGGUAAUGAAGGCGACAUCGAAUGGUUCGCCGUUAAUACUGGCUUUGUUUGGGAGAUUGCUCCUCUAUUCAACGCCAUGGUUGUCUUCCCUGAGCACCGGUACUAUGGCAAGUCUAUGCCCUUUGGAAGUAGAGAUUCAGCGUACAAGAAUGCUGCUUCUUUGUCGUAUCUCACUGCUGAACAAGCUCUUGCAGACUUCGCAGCUUUGAUUACUGACCUGAAGCGGAAUAUGUCUGCUGAGGCUUGCCCGGUUGUUUUAUUCGGUGGAUCUUACGGCGGAAUGUUGGCAGCAUGGAUGAGGAUCAAGUAUCCACAUAUUGCUAUCGGGGCACUCGCUUCCUCAGCGCCCAUUCUGCAAUUUGAAAAUAUUGUGCCACCAGAAACAUUUUACGACAUUGUCUCCAAUGAUUUCAGGCGUGAAAGUGUCAGCUGCUUUAACACCAUAAAAAAGUCAUGGGAUGCAAUAGAAGCUGAGGGGCAAACAGAAGAAGGCUUGCUUCGCCUGACCGAGGAAUUCCACCUUUGCCGGAACCUGAGAAGCACACAAGAUCUUGAAGAUUGGUUGGAAUCUGCUUAUAGUUAUUUGGCAAUGGUGGAUUACCCAUAUCCUUCUGAUUUUAUGAUGCCUUUGCCAGGAAAUCCAAUAAAAGAGGUGUGCAGAAAGAUUGACAGUUUUCCUGAUGGGACUAGUACUUUAGAGCGUAUAUUUGCAGGAGUAAGUGUCUAUUACAAUUAUACUGGAGUAGUUGACUGCUUUGACCUGGGGGAGAGUAAUCAGGAUUUGGGAGCCGAUGGAUGGGAUUGGCAGGCUUGCACAGAGAUGGUUAUGCCAAUGUCAAGCAGCCAAAGCACUAGCAUGUUUACGGCAUACGAUUUCAAUUAUUCUUCUUAUCAAGACGAGUGCUUUAAGCAUUUUGGUAUCAAGCCAAGGUCUCGAUGGAUAACCACCGAAUUUGGUGGACAUAAUUUAUUGACUGACUUAAAGACGUUUGGAAGUAACAUAAUAUUCUCAAAUGGGCUAUUGGAUCCUUGGAGUGGUGGCGGCGUUCUUCAGAAUGUGUCUGAAACUAUCACUGCUCUUGUUACAAAAGAAGGUGCACAUCACAUAGAUUUGCGUCCUUCAAUUGAUGAGGAUCCAGAUUGGCUGGUUGAGCAGAGGGCAUCAGAAGUCAAGUUGAUUACAGGGUGGAUAAAUAAGUAUUAUCAAGAGAGGUCUGUAUUAUUCAGCAGCAUAUAGAGGCAAAUAGCCCUGGAUCCACAUAUAGGUACCCAGUCUGCAUUUUCUUCUCUCCCUUCAUCAGAUGGAGGUAUUGUUCCUUGGAUGAGCUUUGGGAAUUCUUACUGACUUGGCAAAAUGACAUUAUUCCUUCAGAAAAGCUUUGACUGAAGGUCGAGUAGAAAUUGUUAUAGGGAGGAUGCUCAAUUGCACAUGGCCUAUGCGUACCAUCAGUAUAAUCAGUCUUCAGUUUCUCAUUAGCACCAAAGUGAUCAAUGUGUUCUCUCACCCACCAAAUUUAAACCCAAUAGAUUUUGACAGCCUGUGCUCUCCAUUGGUUUCCCCACGUGACGUUAGUCCAUACAGUCAUGCCUCCAGCACUGUUAGGAAAGCCCUGCAUACAGUACAGGUUAGGUUCAGCCAGAAACCUUACCAACCAACCCGUUGGCACCUUGCAUGAUGGCUAUACUUUUAAGAGAGAUUGAUGAUAAACAUAUUUAGUCCAUGUAUGAGAUUGCUUAUUUGACAAGUGUUUAUCCUAAUAAGCGUUCAUGAGUGUUUGGUGAAAAAGCACUUAUUUCAAA